AUGUGUUUUGCCAUGGAGCAAUUCUGCACGGCGACAACCUGGCUAGUCAAGUGCUGCCUCUUGAUGAUCUACAGCCGAUUAACACGUUUAUUGAACGAGCAUAUCGUAGUCCAGAUACUUGCAGUAUACGUUGGACUCUCCUAUGUAUUGAUCGAAAUUUUGCUCUGCGCGGUUUGGUGUCGACCGAUUGAAGGAUACUGGUCCCCAGAUGUGGACGACAAUUUCCAAUGUUCCACUUACUUCAACCACAUGAUUGUAUCCGCGGUUUUCAAUAUUUCUUCUGAUUUGGUAAUGUUAUGCAUCCCAUUACCUCUGUUCAUUCGAUCCCGCCUCCGCCUGGGCAAGAAAAUUGCCGUGUGUGGCGUGUUCGGUCUUGGGUUUAUUGUUAUUUUAAUGGCCGUCCUUAACCGAUACUACAGCCUGAGCACUCUCGGUUCCAUGGUCUUUAUGAGAUGGUAUGCGGCUGAGAUUUCCACCGCAGUUUACGUCGCCAAUCUGCCUUUAAUGUGGCCGCUUAUCCGUGUGGUAUUCCACUUACAAACCCCCGAUUACCCAAACUACCCGGAGCGAGAGCGAGCCACGCCACGUAGUGCACCUCCGCGCGGGCGAGCAGCAAUCCAAAACAUUACAACCUUUACAACACAUCAGGGCAGCUCUGGCGAGUCCAUCAUGCGCGUUUCAGAAGGCCAGAUGCACGGCACUACGGAUGCACAUGAGUUAUCCUGGACCACUCUGGGAGAAAGGGGCUAUCAGCCCUCACUCCACCCCGAGGCGGAAUCGGAUCAACAGCAACGGCGGUUAGACGAUAUUACCGUGCAAAGGACGGUGGAGGUCACUUAUCACUAA